AACGUCGCGGCCAAACAAACAAACCGUCUCCGAGUCAGCGCCGCGUUAUUUGUCCCGCCGCCGGAGCCCAGGCGGAACAAUUUUUGAACCUACCCCUGCACACACCAGGCACCGAGAGCGGGGAUGAGUUCAGGUGGUUGAAGGGAGAAAGAUCAGGGGAAAUUAAGGGAAGUUUUGUUCCCGAACGAGCCGUCGGAGUAACACGGUGACCCGCACGGAACCAUUCAACUCCUCCGACCUCCCAUGCAACGACUCAAUGGCAUAAAUCCUGUGCUCGCAUUCAGCUGGUCCCUGGGGAAAGCUGCUCAGAAGCCCACCGCUCUGACGCCCUGCUGUCAUUUUCCACAGCCUGAGGGGAACCAGGAAGUAGCCGGCAGGAGCCAUGCCUGCCCUGGCCACCGGAGCCGGCCACGAGCCAGGCCUGUAUGAGCUGCUGGCAGCUUUGCCCUCCCAGCUGCAGCCGCAUGUCAGCCGCGCGGAGGACAACAGCUUCCUCCAGGACAUGUUCGGGGAGAGGAGCCUCCACUCGCUGGUCAAGAUCCAUGAGCGGCUGCAGCACUACGAAGAGAGCAAACCCGUCCCUGUCCUGGACAACGCUGCAGAUCUGGUCCAUGAAUUGUCUGAGGAACUGGAAGGGAAACCGGCCAAUGGAGAAAUCAAAGAGCUUCUUAAACUGCUGGCCAAACCACACGUCAAGAGCCUUCUGAAGGUCCACGAUACGGUCGCCCUGAAGAGUUACGACCCCGAACUACCUCCGCUGCCUGACGACAUUGACGACGAUGAGGACUCAGUGAAAAUCAUUAGGCUGGUUAAAAACAAGGAGCCUCUGGGAGCAACAAUAAUGCGUGACGAGCACACAGGAGCCAUCAUCAUCGCCCGGAUCAUGAGAGGAGGGGCAGCGGACAGAAGCGGACUGAUUCAUGUUGGGGAUGAACUGAAGGAGGUCAAUGGAAUCCCCGUGGAUGACAAGAAACCAGAGGAAAUAAUUCGUAUUCUGGCCCAGUCACAAGGAGCCAUUACCUUUAAAGUCGUUCCCGCCAUGAAGGAGGAGCCGCCAACCAAGGAGCCAAAGGUGUUUGUGAAGGCACUCUUUGACUACGACCCUAAGGAAGACAAAGCCAUCCCCUGUAAGGAGGCCGGACUUGCCUUCAAGAAGGGCUCCAUCCUCCAGAUCAUGAGCCAAGAUGAUGCAACGUGGUGGCAGGCCAAGUUUGAGGGUGACGCGAACCCCCGUGCCGGCUUAAUCCCGUCCAAACAGUUCCAGGAGAGGAGAUUUGCACUGCGGCGACCUGUUGCGACUCUCCCAUUCCAGAGGACCUCGAGCAGACGAUCAUAUGAUGUGGCCAUAGAGUUUGCUGAGGAGAUCGAAGAGGACGCUGAAUAUAGUAGUGGAUUUCACCUAGCCGGGUUCAGGAGAAGUUUCCGUCUCAGCAGGCGAGACAAGAAGAAGACCAACAAGUCCAUGUACGAGUGUAAGAAGAGCGAAAUGUACGACAUGGCUGACGUGCCCACGUACGAGGAGGUCACCCCGUACCGCCGGCAGAGUGGAGCGAAACACAGGCUGGUCGUCCUCGUAGGACCCACGGGUGUCGGCCUGAACGAGCUCAAGAGGAAACUGUUGAUCUCGGACCCUCAACACUUCAGUGUGACCAUCCCACACACGAGUCGGGCCAAGAGGAACCAGGAGAGCGACGGCGUGGAGUACCACUUCAUCUCCAAAAGCCUUUUUGAGACGGACAUCCACAACAACAAGUUCAUCGAACACGGCGAGUACAAAGGCAACUACUACGGGACGAGCUUAGACUCGAUACGCUCCGUCCUCUCCAAGAACAAAGUGUGCCUAUUGGACGUCCAGCCACAUACGAUAAAGCACCUGCGGACGGCGGAGUUCAAACCCUUCGUCGUGUUCGUGAAGCCUCCAACGGUCGAGAGGCUGCAAGAGACCAGGAAGAACGGUAGAGUCAUUUCGGGCAAGGACGACAAGGGAUCGGCCAAGCCAUUCACGGAGGAGGACUUUCAGGAGAUGGUGAGCACGGCCCAGUCGAUGGAGAUUCAGAACGGUCACCUCUUCGAGAAGGUCAUCGUGAACGACGACCUCUCGGCGGCCUUCGGCGAGCUGCGGUCGGCGCUAAAGAAAGUUGAAAUGGAGACUCACUGGGUUCCAGUCAGCUGGACUCACUCCUGAGACGCACAUCUACUGCAAAACGGGAGAAAAGGGAAGGGCUUUGACAAAAAUAAGCAGGUUUUUAUCUUCUUUUUUUAUAUAUCUGGAUGGUGGAUGGGGCAAAUGGAAUAAAACAAGACUCCAGACUCGUUGUACCUGCGGUGCACAGAGCUAAAAAUACGUCUUUCGCUCGCGAUCAGGUUGGAUUUAGAUCUGUGCUGCGGUCUGGAUACCAAUCCCCAGGUCUGACCAGAUCUGACGGGGUUGCGGCUCAGGAAUUCCCGCCAGAAUAUGGGUCUUGGACAUCGUACUGGAUCUCAGUUCUGGUCACAGAAUCGUGGCCAUGAGUCGGAGCUCUUUGGUCCAAACCAGACUGUGGAACGAGCCUGGAUCAUCAUUGCACCAGCAGUCCCGCCAGCACAUCAGCAACCCCGCCAACCACGUCUCCUUUUUUUUUCUUCUUUUUUUUUGGGGGGUGUUUAUAACAUUAGACCAUUAGAAACCAAAGGGAUUGACAUAUUUCUUCUUGGUGGACAACUUACAUGUGUACGUCUGUAAGAGAACACGACCUCCAAGGGGCGAAAUGAGAGAAAGAAAACAUACUUGCCUUCUGUCACGGCUUCCAUGACUGUUUCUCCAAACAAAUCGUUGUCAGGUACACUCUCAAGAAAGGGCAAAAAGUGUAAUUUAAUUUAAGAGAAAUUAAUAUAUUUUCUAAUAUCUUCCAGUUUUUUUGCAUUACCUUUUAUAUACAUAUCUUGACUUUUAGAGAAUCCUGUUCUCCCCUGACAGCUUUUAUACACGCGAGGCAUAUCUUCUUUCAGACAAACGUUUUGAUUUCAUCACCCUUAAGUCUAGUUUUCCACCUACAAAGCACAUAAGGAGCUUUUUUAUUUAGGUGUUAUAUAUUCCAUUUUCAAAAAGCCACCCCUUCGCAUGACGGUGCCCAGCAUAACAGCUUUGCCGUUUCAAGUCCCACAACUGGACGCUCUUGGCUGCCUCCUUGAAGAAAAUGUUCACCAUUCUGUUUUAUUUGGGUGGGGGCUCUAUUUUUAUUCACAUAAAGAAAUGACUUCAGCAAUGCUGCUAAUGGUGGGCACCGUAGCGCACUUCCAGGAUUUCAAUUUACAGUAAUGCUAAGUAGCUGCUCCCGACUUUAUGAGCAGUAGACGUUUGUUGCUAAUGUGAGUCUCCCAUUCCCAGUCCAACUUACACAUUUUUUAACUCUGUCUUUUUUUUUCUUUUUUUUUUCUUAAAAUUCUAUCGUAGCAACACGUAGCUCUGGCAUCUGGGAGACUGGUUUUGAAAACAGCUAGCCGGCCUCUCCAAAGUUCAAAAACAUGCCUACCUAUGGUUCGUCUUAAGUUAUUAUUUUGUGAUGUUUGUGUUCUGUUUGUGGACAAGAAACGUCCCCACUGCUUCGAGUCUUGAUGCUAAGCUUAGAUAAUUACCUAUUAAUACUUAACGUUUACAUAUCAGAGUGAUAUCUAUCCAGCUCACUAGGUGUUUUUUCCACCUCACGUUGAAAUGCCCACAUUUAUCUUUGUCCUUUUUUUUUUAACUUUUUACCAUCAACUAUAUAUAAUUUAUAUUUUUAAUUUCUCCAUUUUAAAAAGGGGAAGGACCGUGUAUGCGCUUCAGGAAUGAUAACGCGUGUUUUGGAAGGGAUUUUAACACCUGUCACUCUUACUUAGUUUUUUUUUUUGUUGUUGUUGUUUUUGUCAUUUUAGUAUCACGUAUAAUGUUUUGUUUUUUUUACUUGUCAUCGCUUCAUAUCUGACUCAGCUGCCAUCUGCUCCAUUGCUCCAAAUCAGAUUUGUACGUUGUCCAGAAUUUUAUUUUUUAAUUUCAUGCUGUAAAUGAAAUGCUGUUUAUGAGGCAAGGCGUUUGAAUUUCACAUUAUUCUUGAUAACGGCUGCAUUUUAUAUUAAAGGCGAUCCAACUAAAACUUGUA